GCUAUGCCACCUUGUCCAAAAAUCAUUGCGAGUCGAUAGCAUCUCCCCCGUCCCUCCGCGUCAAAGGAAAAUCUCCCGUCUUCGUCUCCGCUCCCUGCGCCCGCGCCGAUCUCCAUCUCGCGAGCACAGCAGCCGCGCCGUCGUCCUCGUUAACUGUCUGAAAUGGACUUCUUUACCGAGUAUGGUGAGGGGAACAGGUAUAAGAUAGAAGAGGUCAUAGGAAAAGGGAGUUACGGUGUAGUAUGCUCCGCGCUGGAUACUCAUACUGGUGAGAAAGUUGCUAUCAAGAAGAUUAAUGACAUUUUUGAACAUGUGUCUGAUGCUACUCGGAUACUUCGUGAAAUCAAGUUGCUCCGGCUACUGCGACACCCAGAUAUCGUGGAAAUAAAACAUAUUUUGCUUCCUCCGUCGAGGAGAGAAUUCAAGGACAUUUAUGUUGUUUUUGAACUCAUGGAGUCUGAUUUGCACCAAGUUAUAAAGGCCAACGACGACUUGACUCCAGAACACUACCAGUUUUUCCUCUAUCAGUUGCUUCGAGGAUUGAAGUACAUACAUACAGCAAAUGUGUUUCACCGAGAUCUUAAACCAAAAAAUAUUUUGGCAAAUGCUGAUUGUAAGCUCAAAAUAUGUGAUUUUGGCCUUGCAAGAGUUGCUUUCAGUGAUACACCAACUGCCAUCUUUUGGACGGAUUAUGUUGCAACAAGGUGGUAUCGUGCACCUGAACUUUGUGGAUCUUUUUUCUCUAAGUACACACCAGCAAUAGAUAUAUGGAGCAUCGGUUGCAUAUUUGCAGAACUUUUAACAGGAAAACCUCUUUUCCCCGGGAAAAAUGUGGUGCAUCAACUUGAUAUAAUUACAGAUCUUUUGGGGACACCUUCUACAGAAGCAAUAUCUAGGAUUCGAAAUGAGAAGGCCAGGCGAUAUUUGAGCAGUAUGAGACGCAAAAAGCCUAUACCAUUUACUCAGAAGUUCCCAAAUGCAGAUCCACUUGCAUUACGUUUGUUGGAGAGAAUGCUAUCUUUUGAGCCCAAAGAUAGGCCAAAUGCUGAAGAGGCUCUUGCCGAUCCUUAUUUCAGAAACAUAGCAAAUGUAGAUAGAGAACCUUCAGCACAGCCUGUGACAAAGCUGGAAUUUGAGUUUGAAAGGAGGAGGAUUACAAAGGAAGAUAUAAGGGAACUCAUCUAUAGAGAUAUUCUGGAGUAUCAUCCAAAUAUGUUGAGGGAAUACCUUGAAGGGACUGAGUCAGCUGGUUUCAUGUACCCUAGUGCGGUAGAUCAUUUUAAAAAGCAGUUUGCAUAUCUUGAAGAACAUUAUGCUAAGGGAUCAACAGCAGCUCCACCUGAGAGGCAACAUAACUCUUUACCAAGACCUUCUGUGUUAUAUUCGGAUGACCGUCCACAAAACACAGCCAACAUCGCCGAGGAUCUUUCAAAAUGUGUACUUGGAGAUAAUACACAAAAAAUGCAUCAAGGUUCUGCUUCUGUUUGUGCGAAUAGAGUUCCUCAAGGUGGUGCUGCAAGACCUGGUAAAGUUGUUGGUUCUGCGCUUCGAUAUGGUAACUGCUCAACAUCUACUGCUGAGCAAUAUGAGCAUCGACGAACCGAUAGAAACCCAGCAUUGGCUACUAACACUGUUUCUCCCCGAGGCUCUUACCCCUGAAGAAAUCCAUCCUGCAAGACUGAAACAGGUGAUUCUGAAAGGAUCGAUGUGAACCAAGCUGGGCAACCAAAGCCAUACAUACCAAACAAACUACCUGCUACUGUUGAUGGCCGGAGCGCCCACUGGUAGGCAACAAGGUAUGUGUGCGCAAAUGAAACAGCAAAUCCUUUGCCUUACCAAGGUUCCGAGGCAUCGGCGCGGAUUACCAUUUCUAAGUUGUUACAUGCUGACACAUUCAAAGAUACUAUUCUGUACAGAGUUGUAUUAAUUACAGAUCUUGGUAUGCUCUAGAAGACUGAAGACUAAAGUACUAUAGAAAUAUAUUUCAUAUCCUGCGUGAUAGGCUGCUAGUUUCCGUUCUUUUUGGAUCGGUUGCAAAAAUACCCACAGCAGAAGCUUACACGGUAUCUACUACAGUUCAUGGUAUACGCAUAGAUUACAACUUCUGACUUGACUCUGUAGUUCAUCACUUUGUUCUUAAAGCUGGUGACUUCACAUCGUCUGAUUGUUGAUUAAACGUGGAAGUUUUGAAGCCCUGGAGUAUCUUGGAAUGCUUCUAGUAAGCUGUCAUUCAAAUGUAAUAUUUAACUAUAUCAUUUUGUAGACUUUUCAACACUAUUAGCUGGGAAGAUUAUGUUAAUUUGAGAUGCUUUUCUCUC